UUUCUGUUCAGUGGCCCUAAUCCUCUUCCGUAUGAAUCACCUUCCCCAGCCAGCAUGUUAAAGGUUAAAAUGGGAAAGUGCUCCUCACGUUUCUGACCACUGGGGGGCAGUAAACACCAACAGUAACACGGUCUUCUGUGUCAGUGACGCUGCUGCUGAUGACUUGCAUCAUAUAUUUUAGUGCUUUAGUAACAGUUUUCUCUGAGUAACCUUUUAUAGAUGAAAACCUUCCAUUAUUUUAUUUAUCUGGCUCAACCUGAACAUUGUUUGGAGUACUGCAGCGCCGCUCUGUUCGUCAUCCUGCAGCUGUUCGGUUCGGUUCGGAGGUAAAUAUGAUGAUAAAGCCCCAUCUGAACAUCCGAAUUACAGUGAGAGUCUACAAGAUCUCUCACUGAAUCAGCAUCACACAGAAAAACUCCGCCAUUUUCCUGAGGAUCAUGUCUGAAAGUAGUGCUGAGUCACAUGAAGGCCUUGAUCCAUCACAACCCUCAUCAAAGGCAGACCCUCUGAGGAUAGUUCUACUGGGCCGAACCGGGACAGGCAGAAGCUCCUCGGGGAAUACCAUCCUGGGUAGAGCAGCCUUCUGGGUGGAGGCGUCUCCGUGUUCUACAACCACAACGUGCAGGAGACAAACCGGGACAGCAGGCGAGCGGAGUGUAUCGAUUAUCGACACCCCAGGGUUCUUCCAUACACACCUGUCCCCUCAGGAGGUCAUGACAGAGGUGGGUCGGUGUGUGACGUUGUAUUCUCCAGGUCCACACGUGUUCUUGGUGACCCUGCAGCCCGGCAGGUUCACUCAGGAGGAGAAAGAGGCUUUGGAGUGGAUCAAGGUGCGGUUUGGGCCUGAAGUGUGCAGGUUUACCGUGGUGCUGUUCACCUGGGGAGACCAGCUGCAGGGCAAACAUCUGGAGGACUUCCUGGAGGAAAGUCGAGAGCUGUCGGAGUUUGUCAGCAGCUGCCAGGGAGGGUAUCACGUCUUUGACAACAGCAAGCAGGGCGAGACAACAGACUGCUCACAAGUCACUCAACUUCUGAAGAAGAUUGACACAAUGGUGGAGAACAAUGGAGGCGGUUGCUAUAGCAACCAGACAUACAAGGACGCUGAGAGCAUCUUGAUGGAGGCACAAGGGAGGAUUCUGGAGCAAAGACGUCACAAAGUAGAGUCUGCUCCCAAGGAAGAGCGGGGAGGUGCCUCAGAGCGGAUAGGGAGAGAGGAAGAGGAGGCCAGGAGGAGAGAGAAGAGGCUUUUCUGGUGCGAGCUGGUGACUGCACUGGGGAGAGGUGCUGCAGAGGGCGCGGGAAUCAUCGGCAAAGACAAGGGGAAACCUGUGAAGAAGGGGAAGGUGGUGGAGAAGGCUGCAGCUCUGGCCAUGUCGCCCGUCUCCAUCAAGUCCGCCGUUAAGGUGGUGGGAGGAGCGGUGAGAGAAGGAAGCAAGGUGUUCUCCAAACACAAGAAAACGCUGCUGCACUGAUAGAAAAGCCAUCAGAUACGCGAGGCUUUUUUCAGACAGGAGGACGUGGAAACUCACUCCUCUGUUUUUGUGACACAAAAGGACGACUCGAUCAGGUUACAACAAGAGUGUUUAAUUAUGACACCGCAGCAGAUGCCUGCUGCUUCUUUGGCUUUUUACAACAUGUUAGCCCUUUUUCCCUCCAGAUAAAAAAAAAUAAAGAACAGGUUCUGUACAGGAA